AUGAAGAGCCACUAUCUCCACAACCCGGUCCAUCUGGCCUGCCCCCGUCAACUGGGAAGCGAAGGUAGGGAGCAGGAGGACAGCAGUGAGGAAGACACUGAACAUGUUCACUUACCUCCCAUGAGCCUUAUGGAGAAGGAAGGAAGCCCUUCCCCCAGAGGUUUAGAGAGGCCAAGGCGUGAAGUAGCCAAGAAGCCCAGAUACUUCACAAGUGGAGAGGAAGACGAGGAGGACGAAGGAGAGGAUUAUCACCCACCUUUACAAGAGUCUUCAGGAAAGGUGUCAAGAAGGCCAAAGCUUUCAACCUCCAGAAAGCAGAGGUGA